AAGUUCAGCCACGCCUAAAAUAUCUCCCCCUACAAGUGGAGGAAACUAUUCUGUAGUAGAGAACGAGUCUGAACCUAAUUAGUUCAGCAAAUUGAGGUCCAUUUCCCCCCCCCUGCACAAGAUGGUACGUGAACAGUAUAAUACUACAACACCUGGCACUAAUAUACAGAGACCAGAACCUCAAUACAUCUACAAUGUUGGGAUUUAUGGCUGGAGAAAGCGCUGUCUUUACCUCUUUGUCCUCCUCCUGAUCAUCAUUGUAGUUGUCAACCUUGCUUUGACAAUCUGGAUUCUGAAAGUGAUGUGGUUUUCUUCCAUUGGCAUGGGGUAUUUGUAUGUUCAAAGUGAAGGAGUCCGUCUAGAAGGAGAGUCAGAAUUUUUAUAUCCUUUAUAUGCCAAAGAAGUUCAUUCUAGAAAAGAUGAACCAUUACUGAUAAACUCUACUGACAAUGUGAUUUUAAAUGCACGCAAUACUGAUGGGAACGUCACAGGGAGAUUAAGUGUGGAUCCUGAAAAGGUACAAUUUGAUGGUCAAGAAUUCCAGAUCAAUUCAGUGAAUAUAAAAGGAAAGCCACUUUUCACAGUGAAUGAAGAUGAAGUUACAGUUGGCACAGAUAAACUUCGAGUCACAGGGCCAGAAGGAGCGCUUUGCGAACAUUCUAUAGAAACACCUCUUAUCAAAGGUGUAAAGGGUCUAAGUAGUAUUAAAGAACUUAGACUUGAAUCACCCACCCGGUCUCUAAGCAUGGAUGCGCCACGAGGAGUUUUUAUAAAAGCACAAACUGGAGAAAUUGAGGCCCUUUCUCACCUGGACAUCAAGCUCCACAGCAGUGAUGGCACGGUUAUGCUUGAUGCUGAGACUUUGCGAAUGCCCAAACUGCCUCAAGGAACAAGUGGAGAGUCUGAAAUAGCACAAGAACUCUAUGAAGUUUGUGUUUGCCUAGAUGGACGACUGUACUUAGCAGAGGCUGAUGUGGUUUCAACUUGCCUAGAAUAUAAUGAGGUUUGUCAAUAAAACACACUAAACAAA